GUCCAGCGUCCGUCUCUGGGCGCGUUGCACCGGCGCGUCUGGGCACAGGCUUUUUGUCCACGUCGUCGACAAACCACCGCCUUGCGACUUGCCGUGGCCCGUUUGGCUCUCUCACGCUCUACUCCGUAUGGGUACCAGAAAGAGAGGCAGCACAUUUUGCUCUAUUCCCCAUCCGUCGCACCUUGGAAACAAUCCUAUUAUUCCAUCCCCAUUGCUUCAAGUCGCCUGGUCGAACCCGCUGAAACGCAACAAAAACGACGAUCGCCUUUGGUACCAGCCUUCUUCGAGGCACCGAGACGCUACGAACUAGUAGCACUACUUCUCAGCAUGCCUUGCAAUGCCGCUGAGCCGCUUGGCCGUCACGCCGCCUCCCAGUGCCAGUCUCACUCAGCAAUUCGUACCUGA